UUCUUAAAUGUAGUAUUUAAUUGCAAAAACUGUCAUACUGCGACAAGAUGGGUGGAAUAAACAAUUUUUCGGUAUUUGUUUAUUAGUUUCCAUGACUGAAGUAAAAUAAAUAAAUAAAAUUGGCGGGCACUAAAACUAAAAUGCGUCUCCUCAUAUUUUCGAGUGUUUCAGAUAUUCAUGAAAAGGAAUAAUUAAAUAAAACGUUUUUUUUAUAAUGACUGAUUGCACCACUUCACCCCCGGUAGUAAAACAUGGCUAUGUCUCGUACGAUAAUCUGGGUGCAGGUGCAAGUUCACCUUGGGCAGAAGAUAUCGAAGUGAUAUACAAGUGUUAUAAAUAUUAUGGGCUCGUAGACAACUAUAAACAAAAAUGCUCCGGUGCUAAAUGGAUUGGCACUUUGCCAAAAUGUGAAUAUCAUAUAUGGACUGAAGUCGUGUUUUGGGUGGUGUUGGCUUUGCUCAUCCUCUUGUUAUUGCUGCUACUGGCUCUAAUCAUCUUCGUCUGCUGUUAUUUCUGUAGAUGCUGUAAGAGAUGUGGGAAAGGUAGAGGAGAUCGUGACGAUGAUGUUGAACGUGGAAGGAGAAAGAAACGUCGAAGUAAGGACAGCUCUCCUAGAGGUAAGCGAGAUGACAGAAACGACGAUUCGGAUAGCCAAUGUUGUGUGUGCUGUGGUCCUAGUCAAAGCGAAGAUAAACGGGGGAAAAAGAGGUCAAGGUCAAGAUCACCACAGAGACAUCGCUCCCGAUCUCCUAGCAGAGGUGAAAGUAAAGUGAUAGCAGGAAGAAAGAGUUCAAGGUCUCCUUCAAAAGAAAGAAAAAAGGACAAAUCCGAUGAUCAAUGUUGUGUGUGUUGUGGCCCUCGCCAAAAGAAGGAUCAACACGAGAGAGAAAGGUCAAGGUCACCCCAGAGACAUCGUUCCCGAUCUCCUGCCAGAGGAGAAAGUGGUGUGACAGGUAAAGAGGAGAAAGAUAAGUCAUCAUGUAGCGCUUGUUGCUAUGGUUCAAGUGACACUAAAACUAAAAACAAAAGAAAGUCUCGUGCGGAUUCCCCUAAACGAGAUAAAUCUCCAACAAGAGGCAGAUCGAGAUCGCCAAAAGAACAUUCGUCAAACGUUAGGGAUGAUAAAGAAGACUCUAAUGCUGGGUGCAGUGCUUGUUGCUCAGGAUCUAAAACAAAGAAAACAAAGCAGCCUCGAUCUAGAUCCCAGACAGGAGAUGAUGAAAAUGCCAAACAUAAGGAGAAUAAAUCUCAGUCCGGAUGUUCAUCCUGCUGCUAUGGUUCUACCCCAAAGGAGGAGAAGCAAAGCAAACAUCGGGAGAGAUCACCAAAAGAAGAAAGACAAAAUAAUAAAGAUGAUGAUACACAAUCUGGUUGCUGCACGUGUUGCUUUGGGACGAAGAAAAAGAAAACUGAUGACCGAGAUGAAAUUCCUUCUAAGCCACCGAAAAAGGAGAAUGAAAAUGAAAAUUAUAAGAAAUCUAAAACAAAGGAUACCACGCCAAAAAUAAAUAAAAAUAAACCUGAAUAUCAAAUUGAGAUGGAAGAUAAGAAACAACCAAAGGCUAAGGAAAUCAAGAAACAGGAAACAAAAUCGUUUGCAAAGAAUAAUCCGGAUGAAUCACUUGUAGAAGAAGAGAUUAAACGCAUGCAAGAUGAACAAGAAAGGAAAGAGCAAGAGCGUGAAAGACGAAGACAAAAACAGGCAGAGGAGGAACGUGAGAGAGAAAUAUUGCGUCAACAAAAAGAAGAAGCUAAAGAAAGAAAACGACAACAAAAACAGGCAGAGGAGGAACAUGAGAGAGAAAUAUUGCGUCAGCAAAAAGAAGAAGCUAACGAAAGAAAACGACAGAAACAGCUAGAAAAUGAAAGAAAGAAAGAACAAGAAGAAUUAGAGAAAAAACGUGAACGGGAAAUUCAACGUCAACAACAGAGAGAGUUGGCUCUUCAAGAAAAGGAUAGAAGACAACAAGAGGAAGACGACAUUUUAAGAGAAAGAGAAGAAGAACGUAAAAGGCGACUCGAAGAAAGGCGACAAGAAGAAUUGGACAGAAAAAGAGAAAAAGAAGAAAGGGAAAAAGAAAAGGAACUUCAGAGACGAGAAAAACUGGAACGUGACAGGCAAAGAGAAGAGGAACGAGCGAGAGAAUUUGAAGAACGGGAAAGAGAAAGAGAAGAAUUAAGGCAACAACAACUUGAACUUGCGAAGCAACGGACAGAGCAACGAAAGAAAGACAGAGAAAGAAAGGAAGAGGAAAGGAGAAAACGACUGAAAGAUUUGGAGGAAGGAUACAGAAAUGAUUAUGAUAAUUAUCUGGAAAACGAGUCUCCUUCCAACAGUCCUGAUACUUUAAGAAAGAAGAAAAAGAAUAAUAAAAAGAGUAAAAAUGUAAGACCAAGAUACUUAGACCAUAUGAAGGACGAAACAGGAAAUCCAAAGAUUUAUAGACCCGUUAAACCGGCCCUUGAAGCAAACUUUUGGCGCCCAUUUGUAAAUUCUAAAAGGAAUGUUAACCAAAGUACAUAUAUAAUAGUUACUACCAACAAGUUCAACGACACUGCCAGAUGUGACUUUUCGGAUCAACCGGGAAUUUUCGUUUAUCAGACAAAACUCUCUGUUCGUAUUUGUACUAAAAUGGCCGGUGCACCUGACACGUGCACAUCACCAACGUAUAUUGCCAAUGGGCACGUAACGUAUGAUUCUCUUUCAAACGGUCCAAAAUGGGACGACGGAAUGGAUGUAAAAUACAAAUGUUUUAAAUAUUAUGGACUGGUAGGCUCUGACAAACUGACUUGUUCUGAUGGCGCAUGGAGUGGAACCAAACCAAAAUGUGAAUACAAUCAGGAAACUGAGAGAGCGCCUGUCGAAAGAAAAAUAGUGGCGAAUCUACAGAUGGAUAAAACAGUCCAAUGUAAAUUGAAUGGAAAUUCAGAAUCGUCAGCUCAUAGUCGAUCGAAAGGUGUAGAUAAAAAGCGACAAGGUAUUUGUGCCGGAUGUUGCAAUUCCGGCAAUAAAUCGAAAACCCAAAACGAAAGACAAAACAAACCUUCGAAACGUGACGAAUGUGAUGAUUCUGCAAAAGAAAGUGAUAAAUCUAAAAGUUCAGGAUGUUGCUCUUGUUGUUAUACCACAGCAAAACAUGACAAAUCUAAAAAAGUCAAUAAUUCUAAUACUCCAGAACCAGGGUCAAAAAGAAAGAGAUUUGGAAGUAAUGAACGAUCUACGGUACCUGAAGACAAGAAAACCGAUCAACCUAUCGUACAAUCAACUUCAAAUAUGUAUGCCGGUUAUUCUGGCAGUCCUGAACGUGACACUAAAACAAAAAAGAUUAAAGAAGAUAUAGAUUUACGGGAAGAGCAAGUUCGGCAAAAAGACAUAACAAAGCAUGAGCAAGAACAAGAUCUAAAACGACUUCAAGAUGAAAAAGCAAGACAAUUAAGAGAAGACGAAAAGAGAAGAAAGGAUGCAGAAGAUCAGUUGAGAAGAGAAAACGCCGACAGGCAGAAAAGAAAUGAAGAUGAAAUGAAAAAACAGAGAGCUGAUGCUGAGAAGGAACGUGAAAAUAAACAAAAUGCACAGCAACAAGACUUAGUUCGACAAAAGGAGCUAGAAAGGGAAAACGCUGAAAAGCAGAAGAAAUAUGAAGAAGAACUGAACAAACAAAGAGAAUUAGAAGAGCGUGAAAAAGAACUACAGAUACAACGACAAAAUGAAUCAGACAAACAAAAAGAACAAGAAAGGCUUGUUGAACAUAAACGAAAAUUAGAGGAAGAGAAAGAGAGGGAAAGAAAACGACAUCAAGACAUAGCUCGGCAGAAAGAACUUGAAAGGGAGAACGAAGAGAAAGAGAGGGAAAGAAAACGACUACAAGACAUAGCUCGGCAAAAAGAACUUGAAAGAGAGAACGAAGAGAAAGAGAUGGAAAGAAAACGACAACAAGACAUAGUUCGACAAAACGAACUGGAAAGGGAAAAAGAACUUAAAAGAAAGCUUGAAGAAACCGAAAGGGAGAAAGCUGAACAACAGAAGAAACAUGAAGAAGAACUGAACAAACAGAAAGGAACAAAGAAUCCUAAAGUUUACAAUCCUCUAAGAUUGCACAAACCAUCUAAGGCAUCAGCAAGGGAAGGGGAUAUAUCUGAUCGUUCAACGGAUACCAGCGAUUAUGUGCACCAUGAUGAGAAGAAAGAUAGAAAAAUACCAUUGCAGUUGAUAAAUUCAAAUGAUAAAUACAUGAGAGGGAUAAAUAAUGAUUCAAUAGGAAAAAAGGCCACGAACAAUCCACAUGUUUACCGGCCAUACAAAAUUGAAAAGCCGAAGUUUAACGAAAAAUAUUAG